AUGGCUGUAAGCUUCAAUGAAAACAUCAGCCAAAGUCUUGAGCUUUUGUACAACCAUUCGUCCACUUUCAACUUGUCAAUUGACCUUAUUCAAAAGUUGGCACAACAGUUGAAGUUGGAUACAUUCAAAGAUAAGGAUGCAUACACACACGUAACCACGACGUCGUCAGAUUCUAAUUUCAAGAGGCUAUCAAUUGCUGGAUCAUUGAUACUCAUAGAUAUAGAUUUUUUGGACGAUGAUACGAUCUUGAAGGUAUCAGUAUCGCUGGCGAACCAUCCAGACGAUGGAUCUGAACUGAAAGUGAGCCCAAUACUUUCCAAGGAAAUAGUAGAGGGAAACACAUAUCUAGUGAAGUUGAACAGUAAGUCUAAUAACCUAUCAUUCAUUGGGAGAUCUGCGGAGCACAUUCUAUUGCAAAAUUUGAAAUAUAAAAGCAAGAAGCUAAACCAAUUCCCUGCUAACUUAAGGUACCUAUCUUCGCUCGACCGUCUCUCAUUGCCACAGUUGGACUUGUUCGUAUACCUUGAUAAGAUAAUAAAGUUAUUGCACAGCAUAAACGAAAUAGAAGCGGUAUCUGACCAAUGGGAGCUCCCAUGUGUAAGCUCCAUUGGUGAAGUAUUGGCAAACGACGCUGAUACUGGAAAGUUGGGUGUCUUCUUGAAGAUAUGGCAGGAUUAUCGGUUCAUCAACCACGAGGCAGGGAAGGACAUUUGCGGCAAACAGUAUAAACUUUUGUUUAGAGUGUCAAAUUUGAAGGAGGGUAGUGAAGCACUUGGGGGAAAUGUCCUCAAGGAAUCAUGGGAGUUACAGGGGAACCAAUAUUCAUUCAUUUUCGAUGAAGACAAAGCACCUACCUCAGCAUCAUCAAAUACGUCUACGUCUUCUUCUUCAGCUAGUGCAAGUUCGGUUGCUCCAUCCUCAUUAGCUAAUAAAUUUUUAUUGAGUCUUGACUUCAACAACUCUAUCAUUAUCCCCAAAAGUGUGCUACAAUACUUGGACUUGUACAGUUUCGGUGAAACAGCUUUUGGAGAGGAUGAUGCAGCAUUCCUCCUGUUAACCAAGUACAAGGAUAUACUGUUCUCCAGUGACUCCAAGGUUAUCUUGAUCAAACAAGACUUCCCCAAUGAAUAUAUUUCAGUCAAUUCGGUUUCAAUCAGGACGUUGAACUCUAUCCUUAGAGUGGUUCCUGUGCUAAGGAACUUCUCCGUCUUGCACAAUUUGGUUAAUUCUCUAGCCAAAAAAUGUGCUAGUCAAUUUGAAAGCUAUUCAAUUGAAAACGAAAUCGAACAAGCAAAUAAAAAGGCACUCAAGGAGACGUUAAACUUACCUGGAGGUAUUGGCAGUGAUGAGUUAUUAGGGUUAUCUCUAAGUGCAGAGAAUCCAAUUUUAUCAUCAAUCCAGUCAAUUAAACCCAAUGAAGUUGACUUAGACACAUUUAUGGAAGGCGAGGACCAAACGAUCACAGAACAAAGCGAGCCAGAAGAAGAGUUAGCAAAAGCUUUCAAAACUGUAGUGCAACUCCUGAUAGAAGACAUUGACUUGACUAGUCCUCAUCUCGAUGUUAUAUUGGGUGUCUUUGCAAACGUUGAAAAUGAGAGCGGGAAGUCUGUAGAGAUAGACGUGAAGUUCAAGAUAUCAAAUGGGCAAAUCAAAAGUAUAGGAGAAGACAUUGACAUGACGAGCGACAAUUCCAGCGAAAGAUUCAUCAAGGCGUUGAACUUGACUGAAGAUGUUCCAGAAUGCAUAAAGCAUGUCUACUUGAAGUAA